AUGCGAUCAUGUCAACUCCACGGUUUUUGUGAUGCUAGUAAUGUCGGUUAUGCCGCUGUGGUUUAUGUGCGAUUGAUGCACGCAGAUAAUUCUAUAUCAACGCAUCUUCUAUGCGCUAAAUCGCGAGUAGCUCCUUUAAAACGCAUAUCAAUUCCACGCCUUGAACUCAGCGCUGCUCUUUUGUUAGCUGAACUACUACACAAAGUACAAAAGGAUUUCGACAGAAAACUAAUAUUCGACAGAAUAUUCGCAUAUUCAGACUCUACUGUCGCUCUUUCGUGGAUAAAAAGCAGUCCACAUAAAUGGACCUGUUUCGUUGCUAAUCGCGUAACGACCAUUCAAGGGUUCACACCCCCAUCCCUUUGGUAUCAUGUAGGCUCAAGCGAAAACCCAGCUGACCCUGCUUCUAGAGGAGUUACUCCAGUCACUCUGGUUGGACUUUCCUUAUGGUGGGCGGGGCCAUCUUGGUUGAAGCUCGCAGAAGAAAAGUGGCCUUCGAAUAUAGUAUUGAAGGAUAAAGAGUUACUACCGGAAACAGAUUGCGAGAAGCUUUCAUCAGUUUUAACUGUCACUGUUGAGCAAAGUUCGGAUCUCAUUCAGGAUUUAUUGAACAAAUUUUCCUCUCUGGAUAAAAUACAAAGAAUUGUAGCUUAUGUCAAACGCUUCAUUUUCAACUGUCGUAAUCCUAAAAGUGCGAUCAAGGGUAUAAUUACCCUAUUUGAUUCAGAAGCAGCUCUCAAUGAAAUAGUAAGGAGCACUCAAAAUUCUGUAUUCGCAAGAGAAAUGGCUCUUUUAUCUCAAAAGAAAGCUCUUUCUAAGCCGCUUCGCAAACUAAGUCCGUUCUUAGACGAACUGGGAAUCCUCAGGGUGGGCGGCAGAUUGGUCCAUUCAAGAUAUUUAAAUUAUCAUUUCAGGGCAGACUAUCAGGACGCCGGAAAAUUUGAGAUUGAAAUAUGA